CAUGCGUACGGCACAGCCUACGUCUACCAUGUCUACCGAAAGUCUGAAGAAGAUCGCCUACGAUGCCAUAGAUCGUGCCGCAGCAGAUUUACUGCGUGUAAGCGAUACAAUAUGGAGAAAACCGGAGCUGGCGUUUGAGGAACACGAGGCUCACGCGCUGCUUACGUGUCUCCUAAAACAGUACGGGUUUUGCGUAGAUGAGCAGUACACACUCGCUACAGCUUUCAGAGCCACAGCUGGGCAAAAAGAAGGCAUUCAUGUUGCCAUCCUUUGCGAGUACGACGCACUACCAGAGAUAGGUCACGCGUGCGGUCACAAUCUGAUUGCAGAGGCAGGUGCUGCUGCUGGAAUUGGUCUAAAGGCUGCUCUAGAAGCCAGUGAAACAUUACUAGGUCAUUUGUCUGUCCUUGGAACACCGGCAGAAGAAGCAGGAGGAGGAAAGCUUAGCAUGAUUAAAAGUGGCUGCUUUAGCGAUGUCGACUUUGCAAUGAUGGUUCAUCCAUGUCCUGUUGAUUUGCCGGUUGGUGCAUUUAAUGCCAUCGAUGAAAUCAAGGUAACAUACACUGGCAAAGCAUCACAUGCAGCGGCCUUUCCUUGGGAAGGUGUCAAUGCCCUCGAUGCUGCCGUAUCUGCAUACAAUGGCAUAUCAAUGCUCCGACAGCAGAUGAAACCAAGUUGGAGAGUUCACGGCAUUUUUACCAAUGGUGGUGCCAAACCAAAUAUUAUUCCUGAAAAGGCUGAGCUAGAGUAUUAUGUACGAGCACCGACUGCUAGAGAACUGGCUGCACUAAAGGAGAAAACCAUGGCAGUGUUCCGUGGAGCAGGACAGGCAGCAGGAUGCAAGGUUGACAUUGAAAGUGGCACAUGUUAUUCCAAUUUAAUAAGCAAUACCGAUCUCAUACAGCUGUACACAGAGAAUGCUAAAAAAUUAGGAAUUCAGUUCCCUGAUAAUCUUGAUUCAGCUGUGGGUGGGUCGACAGACAUGGGUAACGUUUCUUAUGUUGUUCCAUCUAUUCAUCCAAACUACAGCAUUGGGUCGAAAGCUAUUAACCACACAAGGGAUUUUACGGCUGCUUCAAACACCAACCAUGCCCACGAACGCACUCUAAUUGCUGCAAAGGCUCUAGCUGCAACAGCCAUUGAUGUUCUUGUCAACCCACUCUCCCUUCAUAAGAUCAAAGAGACUUUCAAGCAGCAGGUCAAGGAUUCGUAGACAUGGACUUUAUAUUAACAAAAGUUUGUUACCCUACGUUAUAACUGCAGUAAAUGACUUUACACAUACAUUGAUGGCUGAUUGUUGUUUGACUGUUGUUUUCAUAUUACAACAAUUUGUCCCAAUUCAUCUAAACCAUACUCUGUUUCAACUGUGACUUUCAAAUAGUUCAUGAAAGCUCUAUGUAUACUGUUUAUGAAGUUUACGUACUAGAUCACUCGGAUUUUCAACCUUAA